GAUCCAACUAACGAAAAUGACCGAUCAGAUGGGAAGUAUGUGGCUGUAUUUAGACAGUUAACUGGUUAGCUCUAUGGCUAGAUAACUUAGCAAAACAAGUCCCAGACAAACAGAUCCCACUGAAGUGAGCGCCAGCCGUCGAGCGAUUCCUCGUUAACGACAUCGCCUGUACAGGUAUUCGGCGACAGGAGGGAUAUGUUGUGUAAUGCCAGUCUAACCGAAGUCAUCCUCGCAAUUCGGGACAUUCUUUAAUUGAUUAGAAACUAUCAUAUUAUUAUACAGGGGUUCCCUUGUGUAACCAACGAGUAAUGCAGUUUAAGGCAGAUUAAGGGUUCAUUAGCGAGGCGGAUAGUGACACGAAUCGGAUCGGAAUAUAUUGCUACUUCAUUACCUCACCAUCUAUUAGAUAACACUACUGCUUAGUUAUAUAUACACUGGAUUUGAACGCUGUCAUCUGAAAAUAUGAUGUCGUUAGAUACUAAUCGAAUACCUGCUGGAGGAAAUCAUACAUACGAGUGGUGAUCAUAGAUCGGUUCCUUAUGAAACCUUAAACAAGCGCUUUAGAGCGGCUCAGAAGAACAUCGACCGGGAGACCAGUCACGUGACGAUGGUUGUGGCAGAACUGGAGAAAACCCUCAGUAGUUUUCCAGUGGUAGAUACUGUGGUCUCUCUUCUGGAUGGAGUUGUUGAGAAGCUCAGCGCCCUUAAGAGAAAAGCAGCAGAGUCUAUACAAGCAGAGGAUGAGAGCGCUAAGCUAUGUAAGCGACGCAUAGAGCACCUGAAGGAACAUAGCAGUGACCAGCCAGCUAUCGUCAAUGUCUGGAAGAAGAAGCGCAUGGAUCGCAUGAUGGUGGAACACUUACUACGCUGUGGCUAUUACAACACUGCAGUCAAGCUAGCCAGACAAAGUGGUAUUGAGGAUUUGGUCAACAUAGAAAUGUUUCUUACUGCAAAAGAAGUUGAGGAAUCACUGGAACGACAGGAAACGGCUACCUGUCUCGCUUGGUGCCAUGACAACAAGUCUCGCCUACGAAAAAUGAAAAGCUGUUUGGAGUUCAGUUUAAGGAUCCAGGAAUUUAUUGAACUCAUUCGACAAAACAAACGCAUGGAUGCAGUAAGACAUGCACGCAAACACUUCAGCCAAGCUGAAGGAGGACAGUUGGACGAGGUACGGCAGGUGAUGGGUAUGCUGGCUUUUCCCUCUGACACGCACAUCUCACCGUAUAAGGAUCUUUUGGAUCCAGCUCGUUGGAAAAUGCUGAUCCAGCAGUUCAGAUUUGACAACUACAGAUUACACCAGCUGGGGAACAACUCUGUGUUUACCAUUACCCUGCAGGCAGGGCUGUCUGCCAUCAAAACCCCGCAGUGUUAUAAAGAGGAUGGUACUUCCAAAAACCCAGACUGCCCUGUCUGUAGCAAGUCACUGAACAAAUUGGCUCAACCUCUUCCCAUGGCCCACUGUGCAAACUCACGGCUGGUGUGCAAAAUAUCUGGGGAAGUCAUGAAUGAGAAUAACCCACCCAUGAUGCUGCCUAAUGGCUAUGUGUAUGGUUACAGUUCUCUAUUGUCCAUUCGUCAAGAUGACAAGGUGGUAUGCCCCAGAACCAAAGAGGUUUUCAACUUUUCCCAGGCCGAGAAGGUUUAUAUUAUGUGAUGGGAGCUCCACAUAAGUUUUGGAACGUAAAAUUGUGGCGCCAUCGAAGGUGGGGUGAAUCUCAAGCUGACGCCAUUUGUCCAAGGGCUUCAGUCCUCCUGCCCUUUGUUCCAUGCGAACAAAUCUAAUUUGACAAAAUGCCCUCAUCCUCAACUGGCCUACAAGACCUACACUGAAUGGAUGGUUCAGAAUGGAGUUGCCCUGCGCUAAUCCGGACAGUUAUGACAAGCAAAGAUUGUUGUUUGUUUUUAAAAGGAUUGAUAUUUUGGCAUUUAUUUACCUGGAUUCUUGAGAGUAGUGUAAAACAGUGAACACGGCUCCAUAUCACCUUAUCUCCAAAUGCUUCUGCCUUGUAGUGUGUAAACAAUAUGAAUUGUUCAUUGUUGUUGUUUUUUUUUAACAAGGGCACCCAUUUAGGUCAUUGUUUUUUAGAAAGAUUGUGAGUGGGUAGUUGUAGAGAACACACUCUGAUGCGUUUGCACCUGUGAAAUCUGUGACCACAUACAUUUAUGUUGAAGUGAUAUUAAUGUGUUUGAUGGACAUCCUCACAUUCUGAGGUAACCUGUAAGAAAAUGUUGUAGCAUCAAUAGCAAUACUUCUCUUUAUCACAACUCAGUAGAUGUUUGGACUAGAAAGACAUUACAGUGUUUGUUUUUGUUUUUUAUUAAAGACUUACAUUAGUUUACAUUUUACAGUGCAUACCAUAUGGAAUUGUUAUGAAUACCAUCAUCAUCCAUCGUAAAAUAAAAUUAAUUUUUUUUGUAUGACCAAAGUCUGUUUAGGACAAGUGUGCAAGAUUGAAUUUUUUAAGAUAUUCCUAGUUCUCUUUUUUUUUUUUCUGACCGUGGAUUGGUAUUAGAAAGCUGUAUAACAAUGUUGUUAAUGACUUCAUGCUGCAUUUAGUGAUGUUUUGUGACUACAGGUUCAAUAGUAAAUUUAAAUAAAGCAGUUUGGUUGGUUUUUGAAUCUAUAGGUAGAUUCAAAUCUUGCAGCUUGAUUUUACAAGGACUUAAGGUCUUUACCCCCCCACACAAAUCAGUUAUGUAUCUUUUAGAGAUAUAAACUUGUAUUGAGCACAAUUUUCAGAGCAUUUUCCUGAACCCGAAAAGUCUCUGGUUUCACAGGAUCAACAGCAGGUAAUCAUUGAGGGGGACCUACUGUACACGAGGCUCUUUUAGUUUAAACUUUAAGUACACCGACAUGAUCCUCCUUUUUGGUAAUGACUCCCUAGAUGUGUGUUUAAUUGUAAUUGUGGAAACUUAAUUAGAAACUGUCCAUGCAUGUCUAUGUUGGUAGGGUAGGUGGGUUCUUCAUGUCCAAUUGCCAAUAAAGAUGGAUUUGAUUAUGGAUUGCGUUGUCUUCAAUAAAAGCACAGAAUUGUUUAACUCCAAAUGUCAAAAACAGAACAUUUCUUCCAAGUUCACAAUAAAGUAAAAAAAGAACAGUUAAUACUUAUUACGUAACUUAGUUUUUUUUUUUUUGUGGUAUUGAAUGUAUCUUGUAGUUCUCAUGACUUGUUUAAAUAAAAUGAAUUCCAUAUUGAAUAAGAUAUGCAGUGUUAUUUGACCGGAUGCUCCGCGUCAUGACUGAGUGACACCUCGCGCAGCAAGAGCGGGAAUUUUUAGAUGUUCUUCCAACGGUAAUUUUGCCUCAGCUCAGGUUAGCCUAAUAACUACUACAUCUUGGAAAAUAUGGAACAUAAAUACAGAAUUUACACUGUAUCGCCGUCUUGCUUACAAACUAUAAUGACUAAUUAAACAGCAUAACUUGUCUGUCAUAAUUAAAUAAUUUCUGAGUAGAAGUCUCUAGUACCGAGCUAAUGAGUUGAAUCAAGUGUUAUUGAUUAGGGAGAUAUCUGAAAUGUGUAGUGUUGGGGCGCCUUCUGGAACAGGAUAUAAAGGGAACCACUAGCUGAAGCUCUUGAGUUGAAUCCAUUUGAGAAAGCUAUUCUCUUGCAAAUUAAAAAUCAUCUAAUGCAUAUCCAAUUAACAUACUUUGAUGUAUAACAUUAUGCUUACUUUUAUAGAUGAGGUUGAAGUGGAACAAUAUGACCCGUUUCUUUAUCCCCCUCACGAAUGUGGGUGCUCAGAUGCGAAACUGUCAGUUGUUCUACAACGUGGGCAAAGUUCUCAAGCUCAGCUGGCUUAAAAACAAGACAAACGAAGUGAGCCAUUUAUCUUUGUUAUCUUUAAUGUUAUAUUCUUUUAUUUGAGGUUCAAGUGAUAUAACAUCUGAUGGAUCUUUAAACAGGAUGUUAAAGCAAUAUUUGCCUUGCUUUUGCCCAUGCAUAGAGAACAACGACUUUGUUACUCUACAGGAAAUACUAGUGAGGGUAGUGAUGAAAAGGCCUGUUAGCUAAAAUGCCCUCUGAUAUAAAUUUGAGAGGAUUAUGUUACUUUUUCAUAAAACCUGUUGUUAGAUGGAUGCAAAUGUUGGUGACUAUGAUGGCUAUACUGCCAUGCACAGAACUUGUGAAAAGAGUAAGAGCAAUAUGGUAAAUGAUUUACUGUCUAGUGGAGCAACAAGCCAACUGGAAAACCGCUUUGGUUGCACACCCUUGCACCUUGCCAUAAAAAAACAAGUACGUAUUUUUUAAUCCCUCAAAUAGUGUUUCCACAGGUUUUAAGUAAUAAAUCAAUAAAUCAACAAUAAAUCAUGUUAAUUUUUGAGUGUAAAUAACUUGUAUUUCAUGUGCCAGGUACUUUGACCUGAUUACGAUUUUAAGAUUAAAAAGGUGCCACUGUAGCUCUUAAGCCUAUGCGAAUCGGCAUGGAUCUUAUCAAGUAAGUCUUUCAAACUUAAAAUAAAUGUGUACAUCCAUUGUAGACAUUUGCACGAGGCUCUCCGUUAUAAUUUAGGGCAGUCCGGCCUACAGACUAUCAGCUUUUGCAUGCAUGGUUUAGCUGGAGUGAUCAUGAACCAGGGUGAUUAUAAUGGACAGACUGCUUUACAUGUGGCAGUGAAGAAGUGGCAUAAGAACAUGGUGGCCAAAUUCUUGAGUAUGGAGAUUCCCCACGGGUAUAAUAAAUGUAGAUGCAAUUAUGUAUAUUUUACAUUUCUGUCAACAUAUUUUUCAAAAUUAAUAAAAUUCUUCAGAUACUGUCUGUAACAUGUAUAAUUUGUCUUUUCCCAAUCUGAAGAGGGAUGUGUGGGAAAGGACAAGAGGUCGACCGAUUAAUCGGCCGGCCGAUUAAUCGGCCGAUUUUUUGCAUUUUUUACAUAAUCGGCAUCGGCCAAUAUCCACGCAUAUCAAGCCGAUUAUUAGGCAGGCGCAUCUGUGGGCAGCCUAGUGUUGUUGUGGAACACGUGUUCGACGCACACUGCCCCUAGAGUCAUUUUCCAGCAGAGUGAGCAGACCUCAUCCAGUGCCUAAGGAAGGAGCUAAGUUCCUUGGAGAAAACAGUAAGGGUUAAAUUUGUAUAACUUCUUUAGAUUUAAUUAAAAACUUUUGAUACGUUACUGCCAACUUCAAGAAAAAACGUGACAAACGCGAUAGUUGACAUGACGUUCGGCUACUUUGGAUAUUGAUAGCGUAGUUGAAGUUGCAUUAUCACAUCAGAAGGGUUGCUAUCAUGUCACAAUAAGCAAGCAAGAAUUUUGCAAUUACAGACAGUGAAUCUGAGACUUUUAUUUGUUCUGUUUGUGUGUCUUAUAUUUGAGAGGGUUGUCACUCAAUGCAGAUAAAUAAGUAAUAAAAAUAUACCAACGCAGUAUUGAAGGACCGGCUUUGGUAAGCUCGGACGUUACCGGUUCUGCUGUCGGUACUGGAGAAAUUAAGAAAAUACAUUCUUUAUUGCUAUAAAGAGAAAGUUAUUUUAUAUCGCCAGCCAUUUCUAUGUAUAAUAAUAUGAAACCAUUUGUCUGUGAUGCAAUUUAGCUAUUCGCAGUCAGAGAGAGA